AUGGCGGUGCCAAUGCUGCUGCCGGUGCCGGUACCGGUGGCACUGCUGGUGCCAGCGCCAGUACCCGCGGCUGUGCCGGAGCCACGCCGGUGCCAGCGGGCCGUGGCAGUGACAGUGCCGGUGGCAGAGCCGCGGCCGGUGCCGGUGCGGGUGCUGGUGGCGGUGCCGGUGGCGGUACCGGGGCCGCGCCGGUGGCGGAGCCGCUCCCGGUCCCGGAGGAGGCGGAUGCGAUUCCCCGGCUGCCCGUGGCUGCUCGGCGGGGCGGCGGGGCCCGGCCCGUGCGCAGGCACCCAGCGGCCCCGGCCCCGCUCCCGGCCCCGGCCCCGGCCCGGCCCCGCUCCGCGCUCGCCGCCGCCGCCGCCCGGCCCCAACCGCAGCCCCAGCCCCGGCCGCGGCCGCCGGGGCCCGGCCCAGCUCCGCGGGGCCAUGGCCGAGUGGGCGCCCGCCCAGGUGCAGGAGUGGAACAUGGAGGCCCCUCACCUGAUGCCGCUGCAGCCGCCGCUGCUGCCGGAGCGGGCACACGUGCGGGAGGCGCAGCUCCACUCCGCCGAGGCCUCGCUCUGGACCGUGGUGGCCACGGUGCAGGCCAUGGAGAGGAAGAUCGACCUCCUGGCCACCCGCCUGCUCAGCCUGGAGGGCCGCUCUGGCACGGCCGAGAAGAAGCUCCUGGACUGCGAGAAGACAGCCAUGGAAUUUGGGAACCAGCUGGAGAGCAAGUGGGCUGUGCUGGGCACGCUCAUCCAGGAGUACGGGCUGCUCCAGCGGCGCCUGGAGAAUGUGGAGAAUCUCCUCAAGAACAGGAACUUCUGGGUGCUGCGGCUGCCUCCCGGCCCCCGCGGCGAGGUCCCCAAGGUGCCAGUGACAUUUGUUGACAUCGCCGUCUACUUCUCAGCGGAGGAGUGGAAGAACCUGGAGGAGUGGCAGAAAGAGCUGUACAACAACCUGGUGAAGGAGAACUACGAGGCUUUGCUGUCCCUGGAUGGGGCUCUCUCCAGAAGCGAGGCACAGCCCCGCAGCGAGCGCGGGGACGGGCCCUGUGUCCCUGAGCAGCGGGAGCUGGAGCAGAGGGAGCUGCCGCCGGACGCCUGCGCGGAGUCGCUGAUCUCCACCUCCGACAUCCUGUCCCGGAUCAAGCAGGAGGUGGCUUUUGUGGGGGAGCAGCAGUUCCCUGAGGAGCGGGGGAUGCCACCAGACCCCUGUGCAGGCGCGGACGCCCUGAUCACCGCGCACGACUUCUUGUCGUGGAUCAAGCAGGAGGAAGAGCCCUGUGUCCGGGAGCCCUGGGAGAUGCCCCGAGAGGGAGAUGCUGCCCCGGGCCCUGGUCUGGUGAGCGACCCCCCACCAUGGGGCUGGGGUGGGGGGGGGACAUCCCCUGUCCCCGGUAGGCCUGACCCAGUCUCUCUGUCCCCUGCAGCCAGCGAGGGGCUGCUGGUGAAGACGGAGGCGUGCCCGCACGCCGAGCCCCCGGAGGAGGGGUUGCCGGGCAGCUCGGGGGAGCUGCUCUUCCCCGCCACGGGGCUUCGGGAACCCCCGAGGGGACAGGCGGCCGGUGCCCAGCGGCGGUUGGCUCUGCCGGCGCAGCACAGACUGGGCAAAGCUCCGGGCCCCCGAGCCGGGCCCGGGCGCCGACCGGGAGCGUCCCCCGCGGCGCCGCCGGGCCCCGCCGAGGAGCGGCCGCACGGGUGCGCCGAGUGCGGGAAGAGCUUCAGCGGCAAGAAGAGCCUGCGGAUCCACCAGCGCGGCCACGCUGCAGAGCGGCCCUACCCGUGCGCCGAGUGGGGCAAGAGCUUCAAUUGCCACUCGGGGCUGGUGCGGCACCAGAUGAUCCAUCGCGGCGAGCGGCCCCUACAAGUGCUCCCUGAGUGCGGCAAGUGCUACAGCCGCAAGGAACACCUGCAGAACCACCAGCGGCUGCACACCGGCGAGCGCCCCUUCGCCUGCGCCCAGUGCGGAAAGAGCUUCAUCCGCAAGCAGAACCUGCUCAAGCACCAGCGCAUCCACACCGGGGAGCGCCCGUACCAGUGCCCCGCCUGCGGCCGCAGCUUCCGCUACAAGGAAUCGCUCAAGGAACACCAGCGGGUGCACAGCGCCGAGGCGGGGCCGCCGCCGCCGCCCCCGCCCGGGAUCCUGCCCCCCGGGGACUAG